AUGGGAGACGGAAGACAAAGGCGCAGAUGGGAGUACUGGUGGGUUGCUCUGCGUUUCUCUUUGCUGCUGUGCUUCGGAGAGCAGGUUUCGGCACAGAUAAGGUACUCUAUUCCAGAGGAGGUGAGAGAGGGAUCCGUUGUUGGAAAUGUUGCUAAGGAUUUGGGGCUUGACGUGAGUACUUUGUUGGAGAGGCGGUUUCGUAUUGUUUCUGGAUCUAAUUACGCUCUUUUCCAGGUUAAUCAGAACAAUGGCGUCUUGUAUGUUCAUAAGAAUAUCGACAGAGAAGUGCUCUGUGAUGGCAAUAGUGCUUGUCUGAUAAACCUGAAAAUUGCUGUUGAAAACCCUUUAGAGAUUCAUUAUGUUGGUGUAGAAAUAACGGAUGUUAAUGAUCACUCGCCCAGUUUUGCUGAAAAGGAUCUGCAUUUAGAGAUAGCGGAAAAUACCCUUUCUGAUACGCGCUUUGAACUCCAGACCGCACGUGAUGCAGAUGUUGGAGUGAACUCUGUGCGCAUGUACAAGUUAAGUAGUAAUGCUCAUUUCGAAUUGGAAUUAAUUGAUAAUGGAGACGACGACAAAGUUCCAUUUUUAAUCUUAAGGAAGGCCAUUGAUAGAGAACAAAACACAAACCACUCAUUAAUUUUAACAGCAAUAGAUGGGGCCAAUCCUCCGAGAUCAGGUACUCUAAAUAUUUUGGUUACAGUUGUUGAUGUCAAUGAUAAUCGACCAGUUUGUGGUAAAGUUAUCUAUUCUGUUACUAUCCAGGAAAAUGCACCCAUUGGAACAACCGUUUUAAACAUAAACGCCACUGAUACAGACGAUGGUCAAAAUAGUGAAGUUGAAUAUGCACUUGGUAGAAACAUAAAGCGCAAAGUUCAUGACAUAUUUAAUUUGAACAGUCUUACUGGUGAAAUUCGUGUCAUAGGUCUAGUAGACUUUGAAGAGAAUGAGGUUUACAAAUUAACAGUGCAAGCCUCUGACAAAGGACAACCCCCACUAUCAGUCGACUGUAGAGUUGUCAUCAAGAUAACGGAUGUAAAUGACAAUAAACCAGAAAUAGAGGUGACGUCACUGUCUAACAUGAUAUCUGAGGACUCAAAGUCUGGAACAGUCAUAUCUCUCAUUAGCGUGACGGAUACGGACUCCGAUAACAACGGCAAAGUCCUAUUAAGAAUAUCCGAGGAGGUCCCAUUUGAAUUAAAACCAUCAUUUCAGGACAAUGCGUAUUCUGUCGUCACAAAGGGGCGUUUAGAUCGAGAACUGGUGUCCCAUUAUGACAUCACAAUAACAGCCACUGACUGUGGUCAGCCUCCUCUGUCCACAUUCAAAACUCUGAGCGUCCAGAUAUCAGAUGUGAACGAUAACAGCCCAGAAUUCUCCCAAAACCCUCUUAAGCUGUACUUAAUGGAGAAUAACGCCCCUGGUGCAUCCAUAUUUUCUGUAAGCGCCACUGAUAAAGACUUGAAUGAAAAUGCUGCUAUUUCAUAUCAUAUUGUUAGAGGUGAAGGGACACAAAAUGAUAUGGCAUCUUUCUUGAAUAUCAAUUCUGAUAAUGGACAUAUUUCCGCUCUAAAAAGCUUUGAUUUUGAAUCCCUCAAAACAUUCCAAUUCCAAGUUGUAGCUACAGACUCUGGAACUCCAUCACUAAGCAGCAACGUCACAAUAAACGUGUUAAUUCUGGAUCAGAACGACAACGCUCCAGUGAUAUUGUAUCCAGUCAGUGCUAACGGUUCCGCUGAAGGUGUGGAGGAGAUUCCCCGCAAUGUGAAGGCUGGCCAUUUGGUGACUAAAGUGAGAGCCUAUGACGCUGAUAUAGGAUAUAACGGCUGGUUAUUAUUUUCACUGCAGGAAGUUACUGACCACAGUCUCUUUGCUUUGGACCGCUACACAGGACAGAUAAGGACACUUCGGCCAUUCACAGAGACAGACGAGGCUGAGCAUAAACUGGUCAUACUGGUAAAAGACAAUGGGAACGUUUCAUUAUCAGCAACAGCUACUGUGAUUAUCAACGUUGUAGAGCCCAAAGAGGCUUUUGCAGCUUCUGAUGUUAAAAGCGCAGUAAAAGACGAGGAGGAGAACAGCGUUACAUUUUAUUUGAUCAUAACUUUGGGAUCAGUUUCAGCACUUUUUCUCGCCAGUAUUAUCGUGUUGAUUUUAAUGCAGUGCUCCAAAGCCCCAGACUAUUCCUCCAAGUAUUUACAAGAUGCGAAUUAUGACGGGACACUGUGCCACAGCAUCCAGUACAGAUCCGGAGACAAACGGUACAUGUUGGUUGGACCCAGAAUGAGUAUAGGUUCUACUAUAGUUCCUGGCAGCAAUGGGAAUACUCUAGUGGUUCCCCCAGAACACAGGAGACAUGCGUCUGGAGAGGUAAGCGCUGUACAUGUAUAAUAUCGUGUGUUUGUUUUUGGCUUACAUGGGUGUUUGCGAAAUAUGAAGAUACAUCCCUUAAAAUAGUUGACUAGUCAUGACCAGGCCCCAGCAACACUCCUUUUUCUACAAACGGCAUUUCUGUUCAUAAUGGCUGGUGUGGUUGCCGUUAUCUCUAGUGGUGCUGAAUUGUAAAUGCAUUGUUUUCCGUUUAAAGCGUGUUCUUGCCUUCUCUUCUUUUUUUUGUGUGUGUUGGCCAAUCUUUUACAUCAUCUUAGUAGCCUACUGUUCCAUACCAUUUUGUUUUAUUCCUCGACCUUUCCUCGUCAUUUUGCCAUUGUUAUUCCUCUAGAUUGACCCAAUGCAACUGGGGCUUUUAUCAAUUCAAAUAGUGACAACCAAAUGAAUGUACAAAACCAUGCACUCUUGUAGUCUACGGCGGUAAACAGGAGCUUGGAGCGCUGGGUGUCAGUGUAACACAAGGAUACUGUCUGGUGCUUUGUAGAAUAGGCCCUGCCCCUCUCUGGGCUGUUUUGUUCCAUACAUAGGUCGGUGCGGAUAUUAGAACAAGACGUGCUAUGUUAGACAGAAAGGAUUGUUUUCUAUUUUGCUGCUGAAACAUUGGAUAAAGUGUGGAUAGAAACCCGUUGGCCAUCUGAUAGUCAGGAUUGUAUUUUUUUCAUUGAGGAUUGUGUUUAA